AUGGACUGUAGCUAUGAUUAUUUUGUUGAUGAGAUAUACAAGCAAUUAGGUAGAGAUCCAAUUACAAGUGCAAUGGAGAUAAAAUAUACAGUGAAGGAUGGCUAUAUAGCAAUUCCAAUAUACAAUGAUAUGAGCGUGCGCUUGUAUAUGGAGAUGAAAAAGAAAAACCUGAAUAUCACUGAAUAUCCAUUAUGUAUAACAUUGAAAACUGUGUAUUCAAGUGCUGAAUACUCAUAUUCAAGUUCAUACUCGGGUGGCAACUUACUCGCAACAACUUCGGCUGGAAACUUACUCGCAACAACUUCAGUUGGUUUACAAUGUCAGAACGUAGAAGAAGUACACGGAACUAAUAUUGUUGAGAUGAUGGAUAAUCAUGUAAAGGAAGACAAAAUUGAGAUAUUGAAGGGAAAUUGUAUAAUAGACAAUCCACAUCAUGAAGAAAUUGCAGAAGGUCAAUUGUAUUGGGACAAAGAUAUACUCAUUAGUGUAAUGAAGCACUACGCAAUACGAGAAAAAUAUCAAUUUAUAGUGGAUAGAUCAUCUAUAACAAGGUAUUGUCUUACAUGCGUGGAUGAAAGUUGCAAAUGGAGUCUUAGAUCUUCAAGUCUACACAAAUCAAAUGUCUUCAAGGUUAGACGGUUCAAUGAUGUUCACACUUGCCCAGAGAUGACUAGACUGUUUUCACAACGUCAUGCUACUUCGUCUGCCAUUGCAAAAAUGAUUUGCAACAAAUAUGCCAAUCCAAAAACAAUAUACACUCCGGCAGACAUCAUGAGCGACAUGAAACAACAGUAUGAGAUUAAUAUGAGUUACGUAAAAGCUUAUAGAACAAAAGAAAAGGCGCUUGAACUACUAAGAGGGAUACCACGCGAAUCUUAUAGAAAACUGCCGGGUCACUUGUAUAUGAUAAAUAUGACAAAUCCUGGUUCUUUCACAAUGUUACAUAAAUCAGAGGGCGGGCGCUUCAUGUAUGUUAUUGUCGCACUAAAUGCAUCAAUCAUAGGAUGGAAAUAUUGUUACCCUAUUGUAGUGGUUGAUGGGACAUUCCUCAAAUCAUCACACAGAGGAACAAUGUUAACAGCUAGCGCACAAGAUGCGGCAGGUAAAAUUUUUCCACUAGCAUACGCUGUUGUAGAUUCUGAAAAUGAUGCUUCCUGGGAAUGUUUUUUUGAAAUGUUUAGACAGGCUUUUGGGGAAAGGGAAAGGAUGUGCAUCGUAUCGGAUCGUCAUGCAAGCAUAUUGAGGGGUGCUUCGAUUGUGUAUCCAGAGGUAUCUCACUGUGUAUGCAUCUUUCAUCUUUGGAAUAACAUAAAGAAGCAGUUCAAGAAGAACCAUGACCGGCUGAGGGAAGUAUUUUUUGCAAUGGCCAGAGCAUACAAAAUUGAAGAUUUUAAUCGCCUCAUGCAAGAUAUGGACAACAUUGAUAAGAGGUAA